GUCUGGGAGCAGCGGACAAACCAGCUGCGGAAACGUCGGCAGAUGGCCAGUCGUGAGGUGCUGUUUGGCAGCCCCACAGAGGACCAGUUGGACACUCCAGUGAGUGAUCAUCACCAACAGGGCUGCAUAUCCCCAGAGACGAGCCCUUUACACUUGUCAGAAUCACCUAUGUCUGUGGGGAUGCCCCUGCCAGAGCCGCCCAUGUCUAUCACCAUUCCACUCCCUGAACCUCCAGAAUCUGAGCUCUUACCCCUGACAGGAUCAAGAUUGGAGGAGAGGCCGAACGCUAAUAACCAUCAUUCAAAUACAGAGAGGAAGCAUCGUGUGGCAAGGAAGUUUCGGGCUGCUGCUGCUGCCGGGGUAGCAGAGGGUGGGCGACACAAACGCCACAGACAUCGAGAGUCCAGAACAGAGGCCAGAAAUGCAGAGAAUCACCAGCAAAUUGGGUGCAGUGAGAAACAGCCUGAAGAGGGUGAGGAUAAAAUGGAGGAAACGCAGUCUAAAAGCUUAAUGCACAUGCACGAAACAGAAAUAAUCAUGUCUGGCAAGCAAACUGAGAAUCAGGAGGAAUGCCAAAGGGAGUUUGUGGGUGAUGCGACAGGGAUUUCCCAAGCAUCUGGCCUUCAGGAGCUUCAGACUGUCUGUACUGGAAUGGAGGAUCAAGCAGAAAGCCAGGAAACUCCAUUUCUGAGGCACAACGAAGAGUUUACAUCAGAAUCCAAGUGCAUGACAGGGGAAGUCUCAGACAUUGAGAACAAUGGCAGCUAUCUAAACCAGGAUGAGUGUAUGACAGAAACCAGCAUUAAACGAGAGACGUCAACCCAGCCUUUGUUGGAAAUGGCACCAAUGACUGUCAGCUUCAAGGAUGUGGAAGCCUCUCACUCAGACAAAGCUGAUGAUGGUAACGACGAUGAUGACGUUGAGAAUGGAGGUGAACAGUCGACUGCCCCCAAACCUGACACACCAGACAGCAUGUUCAUUUUCAAAAGCACAAAUCCCAUCAGAAGGAUCUGCCACUAUGUGGUGACCCUGCGCUACUUCGAGAUGACCAUUCUCCUGGUGAUUGUGGCCAGCAGCAUUGCACUGGCUGCUGAGGACCCUGUGUGCACCAAUUCAGAGAGGAAUAAAGUUCUUCGUUACUUUGAUUACGUUUUCACUGGCGUUUUCACAUUUGAAAUGAUUAUAAAGAUGAUCGACCAGGGCCUCAUUCUUCACGAUGGAUCAUAUUUCCGUGACUUGUGGAACAUUCUAGACUUUAUUGUGGUGGUUGGGGCUCUAAUUGCCUUUGCAUUGACGAAUUUAAUGGGGUAA